AAACAGGGUACAGAGGAUGAUAUAACUGAGUUGGUACACAUUAUUGCUAGUGUUUUCUCGGCUAUGGGAUGGACAUGAUCAAUCUUCUUAUUUUCGAGUAUUAUGUGUUGUUGGGAAACAAAAAGUGGUUUUUGGGUCAGUCAGAAAAACUUCAGGUUGGAGUUAAUCAUGUUCAUUUCAGGUCCUUGUAUUGUUGGUGCUGAAGGCGUGAAAAGGUCAAUUUUUGUUUCUUGUUUAAUAACAGGUUAUUCCCUUCCGUCGUUACACAACAACAUAUUGAUUAGUGUGUCUUAUUAUAAACCUAAGUUUGAGAAGACUUUUGUUGUUGACAUUCGAAAAUUAUUUGGGUGUGUGCGAGGUAAUAUUGACGAGAAUGUGAAAGUGGGUAUUUGGAUAAUCAACAAGCUAUUACCACAUUCACAAGACCCUGUAGCUCACAAACAACACUACCAGAAAUUCUCAACUCAUGUUGCAGCUACAACUCAUAAUUCAGUUAAAUACCACAUCACCAGGGUCAUUAUGCUCGAACCUGAGGAGGUAAAAUUAAUUCUAGACAUUGAACUAUAUAACUUAUCUACUAAUAGUAACACCAUUCUUAGUCGAUGGUACUUGCAUAAGUUAUUAACUGUCAGAAGAAAGAAUCUAGUCAAGUACAUCGCGCUGGAAGUUGAGUAUCAUAUCGUGAAUCACCAACAAAAUUUGAAGCAACUUAAACUCUCUAGGUCUAAUGGCAUAUCAACAAGAGAGAAAGAAAUGACGGUUGACUCUAUGCUGCCAGCAAAUACAUUUCAGGAAUCCUCAACACGUAGUGUUAUUUCAGUUCGUGAUUCAGUUGAAGGUUACAUCAACAGAUUCAUUAUGCACAAACUUGAGCUGAAUACUUUAUCAGUUGAGAAAGAUAAGAAGCUUGAGCUAAUUCACAUCAGUAAAAAAGGCAUAUUCUCAGUAAGGGUUGGGAACGAGGAGUUUUCUGUGAUAGAAGACAACUUGAAGAUUUAUGUUGAUGGUUCAACUGGAAGUGAAGUGAGGUCUAUGAUUCACGGUGGUACUCAUACAGUCAAUUGUAAAGCUAUUUUGGGGUUGUUACUUAUGGCUAUGAGUGAUGUCUUUACUAGUAAUUACCAAAGAGUUGGUUCUUAAGAUACCAUGUUUAUUCUCUUUACAGAAGUAAGCUCAGAAUACUUAAGUGCAUUGGUCA